UACAGUAAAAUGAACUACGACCGGACCGCAAUCUUCAAGCAGUAUUUAAGCCACGACGAAGUGAACCAAUACUUGACGGAUUUAGUGCAAAAUUAUGCAAAUAAGGUCGAAAUUUUCACCCGUGCCAGCUCGUACGAGGGACGUGAAAUACAAACCGUUCGCAUCAGUUCGGACGUCCAGCGGAAAAAGACCGGCCGAUUCUGUGUACUGAUAGAUGCCGGAAUUCACGCCCGGGAAUGGAUUACAAUAUCGGUGGCUCUGUACGUGGUCCAUCAGCUGGUCGAGCGGGAUGCAAUCAACUCACGGGUGUUGCGGAAUUUCGACUGGAUCGUUCUGCCCCUGUUGAAUCCCGAUGGCUACGAGUACAGCCGACAACAUAACAAAAUGUGGCGCAAGACGAGACGGCCCCUGGGAGUGAGCCGAUGCGUUGGAGUGGAUUGCAACAGAAAUUUCAACGUUUCGUGGGGAAUUGGAACACCACGGUCCUGUUCACUGCUGUAUCGGGGCGAACGGCCAUUUUCCGAGCAGGAAACCUGCAAUUUACGGGACAUUCUUCGGAGGCUUCGACCCAACUGUCAAUUUUACCUGUCGCUGCAUUCGUACGCGCGAGCGAUCCUAUAUCCACGGGCGUACUCAAGAACCCUCCCGUACAACUGGAAAAACCAACACGAAGUAGCCCAGGCCGGUGCGAAUGCAAUCCUUCGUGCCACCGGCCUCAAGUAUCGGUGCGGCAGUGCGUCGUCCUUUCUCAACAUCGCCGUCGGAGGGUCGAGCAUCGAUUAUGCCCACGACAUCGAGAAAGUCCCGUUUGCGCUGGUCAUGGAAAUAGCCAGCAAGGGAUUCCAUGCGCCCGAGACGAACAUUGCCCGCAUUUGCGACGAAACCUGGAUCGGCAUCCAGGCCAUGGUCAUGCAGGUGGCCAUCAGCCCGAAGAUUUCUUUCACUCGUAGCAAAACGACACUCUGAG